UUACCCUUAAAAAAGCCCUAAUCUGUACUUCCUUCCUGCUCUCUCACACGCGCACGCUGAAUAUCUCCACGCGACCAAUCGCCGACUACCAGGCGACGAGACGGCUCGCCGAAGACGUGUACCCGGCGGCAACGACGACACCACCAUUCGUAGCCUCAUUUGCCGCCGAUUCUCCUUCUCUGUUUCUUGUCGUCCAUCAUCUACUGCCACUUGUUUUCUAUAGGCUUUUAUUCAUCCAACAAAACUCUCGAAGUUCCAAUUGGAAGUGCAAGAGAUGUGGACUUUCACAGCAAAUUUUCAGCAGUGUCUGAGUUCCCCCAUUCCUUGCAUUUCCAUAACCUCACGUUCUUCGAAUUCUCGUGUUUGUCAGAAGCCGACACUUAUUUGCUCUGCCUUACAGUCUCAGGUUGAGACUCUUAAUGGAACUACAGGUGGGAGGUUCUUUGAGAGAAAUGAGAUUCGAUUGGGGUUGCCUAGUAAAGGUCGCAUGGCAACUGACACCCUAGAACUUCUCAAGGACUGUCAAUUGUCUGUAAAACAAGUCAAUCCUCGGCAGUAUGUCGCAAAUAUUCCGCAGCUAGCAGGCUUGGAAGUCUGGUUCCAAAGGCCUAAAGACAUUGUUCGAAAAUUGUUAUCCGGAGAUCUAGACCUCGGUAUCGUGGGUCUUGAUACAGUGAGCGAAUAUGGACAAGGUAGUGAAGAUCUUAUCAUUGUUCAUGAGGCCCUUGAAUAUGGGGAUUGCCGAUUGUCGCUUGCUAUACCCAAAUAUGGCAUUUUCGAGAAUAUAAAUUCAAUCCAGGAUCUAGCACAGAUGCCUCAAUGGACUGAGGCGAAGCCUCUUCGAGUUGCUACUGGUUUCACUUAUCUUGGCCCCAAAUUUCUUAGAGAAAAUGGGUUGGAACACGUGAGUUUUUCAACGGCGGAUGGAGCAUUAGAGGCUGCCCCAGCGAUGGGGAUAGCUGAUGCUAUUUUGGACCUUGUAAGUAGCGGGACUACCCUGAGAGAAAACAACUUGAAAGAAAUUGAAGGUGGAGUGGUUUUGGAAAGCCAGGCUGUUCUUCUUGCCAGCCGAAAGUCCUUGGUUCAAAGGAAAGGUGCUUUAGACACAACCCACGAGAUACUUGAAAGACUGGAGGCACAUCUGAUGGCUGUUGGUCAGUUCACGGUGACUGCUAAUAUGAGAGGAAGUAGUGCACAAGAAGUUGCAGAGCGCGUUUUAAGUCAAACAUCAUUGUCUGGGAUGCAGGGCCCUACUAUAAGUCCAGUUUUCUGCAAACGUGAUGGGAAGGUAGUAGCUGAUUACUAUGCCAUUGUCAUAUGUGUCCCCAAAAAAUCCCUCUACAAGUCGGUUCAGCAACUGAGAGCAAUUGGAGGAAGUGGGGUUCUAAUAUCUCCGCUGACAUACAUUUUUGACGAAGAAACUCCGAGAUGGAAUCAACUUCUCAAAGAACUUGGGCUGUAAACCGUAUUAUUAGUCCUGUAAUGCAUGAAAUAAGAUGGUAUAUUGAGUGAGUUUGUUGAAGGCAUCCUGUUUUGUUGAACCUAGAAAGACCUCUUCCUCUUCCUCUUCCUCUUUUUCCCACAGAUCCCCAAACUUUAAGUUAUUUGUGUAAUUCUGAAUUUUUCUCUAUGCACUUUUUGUGUCAUUUGUCUUCUCCUAGACGUUUUGCCCCCUCAUCCUUUGUCCUCACGAAUGUAUUGAAGCGUUCAUUAAGGAUUUCUUUUUGCUUUUAUUUUUCAGUUCAAGGUUUGGGAGAGAGAUUUGGUUCUUUUUCA